GAGUCUGACUGAUCUGACUGUGGAGCUGAGAGCAAACAAACAAACAAACAAACAAACAAACAAACAAACAAGCAUGCAGGACUUCCUGAUGUCAAGCAGCGCUGCAGCAAAGACCAGUUUCCGUGGCAACCACAGAGUCCACAUUGUCCUGGGCAGUGAGUCAUGUGACCUGGAUUCUGUGGUGUCGUCGUUGGCGAUGGCCUACUUCCUGUACAGGACCUCGUCCAGUCUUCCAGGCAGUUCUCCGGUUCUUCCGGUUCUCAAUGUUCCCCGGUCACAGUUCCACCUUAGAGCCGAAGUCCUCCUGCUUCUGAGAGAGUCCGGCGUCACCACGGAGACCUUGGUGUUCAGAGAUGAGGUGGACCUGGCCCGUCUCCAUGGCGACAGGAGGCUGGCGCUGACUCUGGUGGACCACAACGUCCUGCCGAGCACCGACGGCGUCCUGGAGGGGGCGGUCGUAGAAGUCAUCGACCACCACCAGCUACAGAGGACCGCCUCCUUCUCCUGUCCCGUCACCGCGGAGAUGGUAGCGUCCUGUGCUACCUUGGUAACGGCGCGGAUUCUGUCCAGAGCGCCGGAGAUCCUGGACAGACAGCUGGCUCUGCUGCUGUACGGUGCGAUGGUGGUGGACAGUGGCGGCAAAGGGACGGUUAAAGACAAUCAGAUGGUCCGACUGCUGCAGACGCAGUUCCCUGAUCUUCCACACCGAAGUGCUCUGCACACCGCCCUGCACACCGCCAAGUUUGACCUGUCGGGUUUCUCCACAGAGCAGAUUCUCCUGAAGAACAUGACGGUGGUGUCUGGAGGCGACGUGAGAAUAGCUGUCAGCAACGUCUACAUGAGUCUGGAGUUGUUUCUGCACAGAGUGAAUCUGCAGCAAGAGCUCUGUGACAUCUGUCACUCGCACAGGCUGGACGCUGUGGUCGCCAUGACGAUCUCCUUCAACGACCAAUCGGAGGAGCCCAUCAGGCAGCUGGCGGUCUACAGCUCCAGCUCACAGUACAGGCUGGAGAUUAGCCACGCCCUCUUGAACACCCGGAGCCCCGCCCUCUGCCUCUCACCUAUCAGCAGCCCAUAUAAGGACAUCCUGGCCUAUCACCAGGGUAACGCUCAGGCCUCUCGCACAAAACUCCUUCCCAUCUUCACACACUUCCUGUCUGAGUGGCGGCACAGAGAGUUGGACCAAUCGGACAUGAUGAUCUCUGACACGUUUCCUGUCAGCAACGAACAGUCAGCCGACGACCACCCGUCUCACGUUUACUCUGUCUCUCGCCACCACCGACGCCGGCUGCAGCUGGGAGCAGAGGAUUAUGGGAACAUGGAGGAGGAGUCAUAUGGUAGGACGACGCCGCCGGCGCCAAAGAACAGCUUGGUGGACGGCUGCCCGCUGGACGGCGGCUUCAACCAGGAGGCCUUACUGGAGAAGUUCAGCCGGAUGGGGGGGAUGGAGGAGGAGCCGGGGGGGAGCGAGCAGUAG